AUGGCCAUGGAAAAGAAAAAGAAGGCAAAGUGGCAAACAACAUGGUGUACGGCCUCCAUCUCCAUGGCCUCCGAGACGAUGACGCUGGAACAAACAACAUGUAGUAGUGUUCAACCGGCAGGCGCCCGCGGCAAGGCCCGCAAGGACAAGAAGGACGGCGGCGCCGAUGGCAGCGAGGAGCCGCGCCGAGGCCUGCUCGGCUUCUUCAGGAAGCAAAGCAAGAAGGACAAGCUCGGCGACGGGUCGGUGGCCGGCAGCAAGAAGGGAGGCGGGCUGUACAAGAAGCACCAGCGCGCGUUCGAGCUGGAGGAGAUCGAGGAGGGGCUGGAGGGGUACGACGAGCUGGAGCGCUCCUCGCUCAUGUCGCAAAAGAACUUCAAGAAGCGGUUCAGCCAGCCGGCCGUGUUCAUCGCCUCCACGCUCGUCGAGGACGACGGCCUGCCGUAG